GAGACACUCCUGGGUUCUGGGCAGCUUGGUGAGCGGCGCAGAUCUAGAGAUCGGCUUCGGGAUCACGCUCGGGAUGGCGGAUCGGGCCGGUCUGAGGCACCUUCUCCUUUUUCUCUCAGCGGCGUCUUUCUGUUGUCCAGCAUCAAGCGGUGGCAGCGUCUCUACAUCUCAAGAGCAUGUUCAAGUAGAUGAGAAUCAACCUGUCACACUAUCCUGCUACUUUUCUGGCUUCUACUCACCCCGAGUGGAGUGGAAGUUUGUUAAGGGAAGCACAACCAGCCUGGUUUGCUUUGACAACAAGAUUACUGCUUCCUACCAAGACCGGGUGGACUUCUCCCAGACUGGUAUUACUUUCCGUACUGUGACCCGAAAGGACACAGGAACAUAUACAUGUAUGGUCACAGAUGGAACCAACUAUGGUGAGAUCGCCGUGCAGCUCACUGUAUUAGUGCCACCAUCAAAGCCCACUGUCAAUGUCCCAUCUUCAGCUACCAUUGGACAUCGAGUUAUUCUGACCUGCUCUGAGACAGAUGGUUCUCCACCCCCUGAAUAUCAGUGGUACAAGGAUGGGGUUCCGAUGCCUCAGGACCCCAAGAAGAACCGUGCCUUCAGCAAUUCUUCCUAUACAAUGAACUCUAAGACAGGGGAACUGGUGUUCGACCCUCUGACAGCUUCUGAUUCAGGGGAAUAUUCCUGCCAAGUUCAUAAUGGGGUUGGAAUGGCCAUGCGUUCAGAAGCUAUGCGUCUGGAAGCUGCCGAACUGAAUGUAGGGGGCAUCGUGGCAGCUGUUUUGGUGACACUUAUUCUCCUUGGGCUCCUGGUUUUUGGCGUCUGGUUUGCCUAUAAUCGAGGAUAUUUCAACAGAACAAAUAAAGGGAGCACCCCUAAGAAAGUAAUCUAUAGCCAGCCCUCCGCCCGAAGUGAUGGAGAAUUCCGACAGACAUCAUCAUUUUUGGUGUGACCCCCAACCUAUCUCUUCUCCUGUCUUCUGAGUUUAUCCUUCAUGGAUUCAUUCUACGGGACUCUGACCUCCUGAUGUUAAGAAUUUCUCUGGAUUCCUUAUUUUUUUUAGUCUGUUCCCUCUUAGGAUUUUUUUUUACAAUGACUCUUCGGUGAGGCCUUUUGUUUUGUGUUUAUGAGUGAAAUGGAGCAAUAAUACCCUUCUCUUCUCCCAUCACUGGUGGACUUGCCUGAACCAUGUUCCUGGUUUCUAAUAAACAGUCUUUCAAUUUGCCUAGCACUGCCCAGGGGCAGGGCAGUGGCCUCUGGAGUUGUCACCCACUU